CGCAAUCCGGGGCGCGACGGAAGUGACGUCCCGGUCCGGCGGCGGCAGGCAGUGGCCGGGCGGAGGGCGGAGGAUGAGGAGCGGAGCAGGCCCCCGUCUGUGAGGCCGCUCCGUGAUGAGCUCCAAGGCCAGGCGGGUGCUGCCCACCCGCCCGGAGCCCCCCAGCGUGGAGCAGAUCUUGGCCGACCUGCAGAGCACCCACCCGGGGGACCCAAUCUUCCUCCUGCCCGGCGAGCCCGGCCCGGAGCACAGCCCCCCCUCAGGCUGCCCCGGCCCUGCUGAGGAGGAGCGGGAGAGGCUGUUCCGGCUGAGCCGCUCCUACGUGGGCAUGAACCAGCAGCUGCAGGCGGCGCAGGAGCGGCUGCGGGCACGGAGGGAGGAGCUGCUGCGGGCACGGGCGGCGCUGGAGCGGGACAUCCUGGGCAUGAGGCAGAGAGCCUGCUGAGCGCUGCCCCCGGCCCGGCGCUGGGCGCUGCCCCCGGCCCGGCGCUGGGCGCUG